UCACACUAUAUGAACUAAAUUGGUCAUGUGCUAGGCAACCAGUGAAAAAAGCAAACUGAUUGAGACAUAGGCGUAUGGGCACCUUCGGACUUGGGGGCGGACCUUAUUGCCUGGAAAAAAUCACACAAUGCCUGAAAGCAUGUGUUGUACAAAUGCACUCAAAUCACAGUAAAAACAAAAACGUUCGCAAUUCUCACGUCUACCAAAACUAUUAUCAUUCCAGAAUUACAGUGGAAUCUUGAGUUUUUGAACCUUCAAGGAAAACAAAAAUUGGUUAGAAAAAUUGGAUAAUUUGAGAAAUCUGGGGUAAAAUUACAGUGUUAGACUGAAGACAGGAAAUUAAUUAGAGCAAAAUACACCAGUUUGUGCACCAACCACAUUUGAGGAAAUUGUAAUUGUUAUGAUUAGGCAAGUAAUUUUGAAACAUUUCAAGUGGGCUUUCAUGUGUAUAACAUGUUUCUGCAAUGCAUCAUUGAGCAAAUUUAGGGGCAAAUUUCCUUUGCAAUUUGAAGAUACAAGGGAGAUAAUGUGUACUGUAACCAACAAAAUCGUGUUUUCUAUGACUUGAAAUAAGCUUAUUUUUUUAGAGGUCUGUUAGUCUCCAGAAAAUUGCAUGGGACAGCAACAGUACCAUAUAAAUUAUCGCUGAAGCAGCUGGGCAAAGCUCCAUUUACAGCCGGUCAAUUUACCUGGUGUCAGGCCUGUAAUGAAACCCCCAGGUGCUUAUUGUUUAGUAUGUGAAAUAUCAUUAUAGUAUUCCAUAAAAGAGCUCAAUUGUAUUCUUUAUUCCAUAUACAACUGUAAUCAUACAGACAUGGACAUGGGCUGGGUGAACUAAUGAUGACAAUAUAACUAUAACUUGCAAAGGUGACAAGAAUACCAGUUGAAGAGUGCAGCACCUCUUUGUCCUGUGAUGACUGUGUCAGACCUAAGGAUCCUUUCUGUGGCUGGUGCACGUUGUAUAACAGGUAAAAAUGGAGAGCUUUAAUAUUAAAACAAAGUGUCUGCAAGUUUGGAGAUACAUGUAAAGUGUAGGAGAACCCAGAUCCACCACUGUCCUGAGACCAUUCAUUUUGUUAAAUGGGCCAGUUCACUCCUAGUUUAAGUCUGUCUCAUGCUCUAAGUUGCCAAUUUUUGUGUGUACAAAGCUCUCAUUAAGUUGGCAGCCAGAAGUUUGUCUGUUUAUGAGAGUCAUGUGAUCAAAAGGAAUUCUACUAAGAUGACUGGGCACCGGUUUAGAUCCUAUAGAUGAGAGGAUUGGGUACUUUUGUGUACCAUUUAUCACUUUUAAGAUAUCCUAGGUUUCAGUAGCCAAGGUAGGUAUUUUUCUUUUAUAACUUGUUUUGAGAUGGGUACGUUGUUUGUUUUCAUGUAUUGAAAAUCUAUCAUGAUUUAUUCUUCAUAAUUUCAUAUUUUAGCUUAUGCUUGAUCGCAUGUCUGUUAGCCUGCAUAGCUUGGUGGUUUAAGCAAUGUGAGCGCGCUGACAAAGCGGAAAAGUCACAAAAACGAGCGGCAAAGCCGCUAGCGAGGAGCCUGGGAGAGAGACAAUGAGCGGCAAAGCUGCGAGGGACCACCUGCCAGGAUGACCUACAUUUUUUAUUGCCACCCCCCCUGCCGUCCCCUUUUACAUUUUUGACAACCUGAUGAUAGGUUGAUGAUAGGUUUUGUCGAUCAUAUUAUCCCAGCCAAUCAGAGCAUAGAUCGUAAUAUGAAACUUCCAAUUUGGUGCGAAAUGGAUUCGCAGGGAAAAGCCACUGUGAGUAUCAAAAUAAUACCAUCCGAUGCAGUGUUUGCCCGAUUUCGAUGGCGGCAAAGGGCGAUAUGCCAAAAAAGCCUGUCGAGGAAGGAGUCCAGAGAAAUGUUAACAAUAAUUGUUGACUUUGUUGUUGUCCACUUAAGAUCAAAUUCGGAGAAUUUAAGAAGAGCUCUUACAUUUCCUGUCGAAAUCUAUUCAAGGUCUCUAAACUUGAUGGAUUUCAAAAUGGCACUUUGGCCGAAAUCGGCUUGAAAAUUGGUUUAGAGAUAGAAAGAUAAGACACUUUAUCUGAUCGUGUGUGCCAUGCCUGUGCACGUAAAAUAAGAAACGCUUCUUUAUAACUUCAUCUACUCGAGCCUGCAGAAAGGGAAGCAAGCCGUGAUCAAGGUUUCUGGUGAUUUAAGCAGAUGCAAGCCUCUAUUGCCAACGACUGUUUUGUCGCCAGUCCUCAAACAAGUCCUGAAAGGACAUAAAACAUCCAGAAAAAGCUCAGCAUCAAAGAAAUUGCUGAAAUCCAGUGAUUUACAUCCACCAAGCUCGACUAUGAGCAACAUCACUUCGAACAUGCCAGAGGAAGUUCAGGAAGUCACACCUAGUGAAAUAGCUCUCUCACACAUGAAUGUGGAGGAAUUACUUGAAAGCAGCGUUACAGAAGUCAAAGUCGUUAUUGUCAACCCAAAUCGCAGUGUUGAGACCUUUAGUUCAUUUGAUAAUAAAAUGAAGUUGAUGAUUGCAAAUCUAUACAGAAAAAGAUGGAAGAUGGCGGUAAAUUUGGCAUUCGCAAUUAAGGAUGUGCGAGACAAACUUGCAGAUCCUCUGAGAAGAACCAUAGCCGUGGAGUUUCAAGAAUACUGUAACAAUACUACAGAUUCAGAGCUAAAGAAGUCGAGACCACACGAUUGGCCUCCUUUACCAAUAAAUUAUUAGUUCACAAGGCGGGAGUUUGGUGUCCGUUCUGGAUGAGUUGUGUCAAAGGUGUGGGCAAUGUGUGAAAAUCCUCAGAGCUGGAUAUCAAGAAAACAAAUUUGGUGGCCUUGAUGACAUCUAUUGCUGCUAGAGCAAGAAAACCCACCAUGUCAGCUGUUGCUUACCGUAUCUCUGCAGUUCUCUUUCAUAGCGGCGUCAAGCAUGAAGAUCUACGAAUGUUAAACAAAUUGGGUGUAUGUAUGUCUCCGGAUAUGAUUGUUGAAUUCCAGAGAAUUAUGGGUGAGAGCUGUGCAGCUUAAGUGUGUCAUUGGAAGAAGGAGAUCGAGAAAGUUAAAGUAGCUAGUCUGCUGUUGAACGAAGUCAGGGAAAAACAAGUCGGCCAUCAUGAGGACAAAGUAAUGCCAGUGGACGUCGACUUCGCGGAGGAAACUAUCAAGAAAUACAAACUCUUCGAGCUGAGCACUUUCAAAUUCUGCCAAGAGCAUCUCACCAGUGUCUCGAAUGGAGAUGUUCUAACUGACCAGGAUUUAGCAGCAGCGACAGCAAACAUUGCGGCAGUGAAACUUCCAUGCUACAGGUAUUUAAAGAAUGAUAUAUUUGAAGUGCAAAACUGUAUAACUUUAUUUAACAAUGCAAAGACUGUAUGUAAGUCUUAAGUUUAAGCCUCAAAACCCUAGAGUACUUUAUUAUUAUUUUUACCAUCAAACAGAAAUCGAAAGUGCUUUUGACCUGUAGUUAGGAUUUUCUGUUGACGUCAGAUGUUAUUUGUUUUUAUCCCUUAUAUUGAAUGAAUAUUGCGCGUGUGUAAAUUUAAUAAGCUUACCUUUAAUGGUAAGGAAGGAAGGGAAACAAGCAAUUUAAUUAUUUCAGUAUUCUCGAACAUGGUUGCUACAGUCCUGCUCUGGUAAGGGAAAAUUUGGGAAAAAACAAUGUUUGAAGGUCAGGGAAAAGUCAGGGAAUUUUGUAAAUAGUCCUGGGAAGUCUGCCAAAGUGAGUAAAAAGGUGGGUAAUGAUUUGCUGUCAGAAAAACAUGGAUAAAUAGCUUUUGAUACUAUUCGAGUGGUGCGUGCAGGAGCAGUAGUAUAUUGGCUCGUGAUUGAAGUUCGUUUUCUAUUAUUAUCCUCACAAUACAAGGUUAGUGAAAAUUGUUCACAGGUCAGUGAAAAGUCAAGGAACUUUUUGGUUUCUGAUGAGUGUCAACUCUGUAACUUCUCAUUGCGUAGAGAGUCAUGUGUAAAUGUUUCUAUAAAUCUUAGGUUGGUUGGGGAACAGUGUUGAUUUGAUGGUUAACACCAGAAUUCAAGAUACACAACAUAGCAACUGUUCCAUACAUUGGACACACAGUAUGCUGUUCUGAACAGGGUCAAUGAACUUAAUUUAGACACGACAAGACCACAGAAGUUACUUAAAGAGGUCCAGUUGAUUGGUCUUCUUCCAACUGAGUGAACACUGGAACGCCUCAAGCCAAGAUAGACUGUGUUAGUGAGCAGAACCAUUUGCAAAUACCUUCCAAAAUUCCAACCCUACAGAGAUGUAGUUAUCCGUCACAAUCCUCGUCACUACUCAGAUGAACUGAAGCAAAAUCAAAGACUGUAAGUGUAGCUUUAAUAAUUUCAUCAGUGGUAAUGUCUUACUUGCUAGUUUUAAGAAUAUGGAAUACACAAUGUUUACCCAAAGGCCAUAUGUCAGAAUGGAUAAUAAAAAACCAAAGACAAAAAAAUUACAAAAAAAAAAAAAAAAAAAAAAAAAAAAAUUAGCACCAGUUUGAAAAUUAGUGUGAUUUGCUGUAUUCUUUGCUAAUUUCUCUGAUUAAUUUUUAAAUCUCUACUUUUAAGUAAACUAAUCUUGCCAGUAUGUCCCACCAAAAAUAUGACUAGAUUAAUUUUCUGUUAUAUGCCUGUGGUGGUAUUAGGAUACCAUUUUUCUAAAUGUGUUAUAUUCAUGUUAAACUUGAUUUUGUGUGAGUUUGACCAUUUCUCACCCCCUCAAUAACAUUUGAUUCAAAUAUAAUGGAUUAUUUAAAACCUAGGGUUUUGGCACUCCAUAACUCUUCAGUAUUUUCUCUUUUGGUGCCUGUAUGGAGUUACGGAUAAUGGCUGCAACUGCAAUCAACCUUUAUGUAUCACUUGAAAGUGUCAUCACCUGAAGUUUUUUCUCUGCAGUGUAGUCUGGGUGUUGAGUUCUUUAAUCCAAAUGUUGCAAGUGAGAUGGCACAACUCAUGAUUUCCAACCAGCAGAAGUAUGGGCCAUCUUUGCAAACUGAAGAAGAAACUGUAGUCCUCAAAACAGUUCCAUUUCAUAGAGAUCAGCUGUUCGAAGAAAGGGCCAGAAAUACACAUUGGGUCUACCAAGAUGGCGACAAUAUUUAUGACAGACUGGAGGGACUGGAAACAGAAUUUGCAGAUUGGCAUGCAAAGUUCAACCUUUACAUGGUUGAAAGUGACAUAUUUGUAAACCACUCCUCAGCUGCAAAGAUUGGAACUUCACGUGCGAGCAUGAACAGAACUUUCAAGACAAAUGCUGCAAAGGGAGUAAACAAUCACUAUAAUGAGUAUAAAGAGUUCCACCAAUGGGAAAUAGAAGCACAUGUCUGUGCUUUUUUUAUGGAGAUGUCUGGGAUGAUAACUUUUGAUGAUGCUCCAGAUUAUGACAUGCCAUCAAAAGAUGACUUGGGAAAAGAAGUUCGAAGGAAAUGGCUACAUGAGCUUUGCAUAAAAUAUGUGGAGAUGUAUCUAAUGACAGGAAAUGAAGUCGGACCUUUGGUUCAGCAGGUUCAUGAGCUGGAGAGUGCUAUGGGUGCAAAAAGUUUUUUGUGUUGAAUAGAGGGAUGUGAC